AGGGCAGCUCUUCCUUGUGGGUAUAAAUCCAGGCCCCAGCCGAAGUUCCACAUCGACAAGAUCACACAGCAACCAUGAUGUCUCUGGUCUUUCUCCUGCUCAUCGGAGCUGCCUUUGCCGAAGACGACAAGAUCGUCGGAGGGUAUGAGUGCACCCCUUACUCCGAGCCCCAUCAGGUGUCUCUGAACUCCGGCUACCACUUCUGCGGUGGCUCUCUGAUCAACGAGAACUGGGUUGUGUCUGCUGCUCACUGCUACAAGUCCCGCGUUCAGGUGCGUCUGGGAGAGCACAACAUCGCCAUCAACGAGGGAACCGAGCAGUUCAUCUACUCCUCCCGCGUCAUCCGCCACCCCAGAUACAGCUCCUACACCAUCGACAACGACAUCAUGCUGAUCAAGCUGAGCACCCCCGCCAGCCUCAACCAGUACGUGCAGCCCGUGGCUCUGCCCUCCAGCUGCGCCGCCGACGGCACCAUGUGCAGAGUCUCCGGAUGGGGAAACACCAUGAGCGCCACUGCUGACAGCGACAAGCUGCAGUGUCUUGACAUCCCCACCAUUUCCUACAAGGACUGCGACAACUCCUACCCUGGCAUGAUCACCGACGCCAUGUUCUGCGCCGGAUACCUGGAGGGAGGCAAGGACUCUUGCCAGGGUGACUCUGGUGGCCCCGUCGUGUGCAACGGUGAGCUGCAGGGUGUUGUGUCCUGGGGCUAUGGAUGUGCUGAGGCGGGCCACCCUGGUGUCUACACCAAGGUCUGCAUCUUCAACGACUGGCUGGAGAGCACCAUCGCCAGCUAUUAAGUGAUCUAACUACAGAGUCGAUCAACUUGAUAUCAUUUGUUGUUCUUUUACAUCUUUCAUACUGGACAAAUAAAUGAUUGAAAGC